AUGACAGAAGUGAACGAAAACUCGGAUUCGGCAAUUAAUUCGGCGUCCAUCCAGUUAAAUGAAGAUGAUUGGCUACAGUUAUUACAGAAACUGACACCAUCCAGUAUUGAGAGCCUACAACAAACCUUAAAGCGGUUACAAACUCCAGAACAUAUCACAACAGAUAAACCAAAUUCUUCAAUGUCUCUUAUCAGUCGCUCUCCUGCUAUUAUUCCAUCACAACCCGUUGUUAGUCAAGCUCAUCCGAUCGUUAUGUCACUUGGUAUGACUAAAGCUCCUAUUACUCCAGUAAUGGCAAUGCCUCAUGUCCUAAACAUUUCCAAAAACACAGGAAAUCCUGUCCCAGGAAGGAUUGUUCUUCCCUCAUCAGCACUUCUUAUCACACCUCCAUCACAUGGACAAACAUAUUCGUUGGAUUCUUGUGUACCAGUUGCUGAUUUAAGCAGAUUAGUUGUGACUACUGGUUGCUUGCCAAAUACGACGACAGGUUUAAUCACAACUACAACUAUACCUGAAACCUUUAGUAGUCUCAACACACUGGCCAAUGCAGCGGUCGCCAUGGCUGCAAAUGCUUCCCAUUGGUCCACCAGUGUUUCUGUUCCGUCUACCACGACAGUUCAGACAGGCAAUUCAUUUCGAUUUUCUCCCAAUCCUUUCACAUCUACUGCGACUGGGACUACAAUAUCUUCAUCUAGUUCUAUGACUGGACUGAUUCACUCCUCGUCAAAUUCCACUAUAGAUCUUAAUACACCUAUAUUAUCGGGUUUAGGAUCGACGAGCCUUACAGUUUAUCCAGUUCAUGUCUCUGCAAAUGGUUCCACUGUACUUGUGGCUGCAUCUCCGUCAACAACAACAAUACCAACCAUUCAAGAUACUUCUAAAUCAUGUUUUGCAAAUAAUCCAACUGUGUCUAUUUACUCUUCAUCAUCAUUUGGGAACUGUUUAAAUUCUGUCGGAGAGAUAACCACCUUAUCCCCAUUGUCUGUCACAUGUAAUUCUAAUUUAUCUAUUAAUUCAGUUACUAGUCCUACACCUGUGCACACUUCAACCCCACGUGGAAAGCCUAAAUUUAAGGCACUAUGGGAAUCUACACUUUCUAACAAUGAUCGAAGUAGUCGGUCAUCUACUACUGUUACUUCUGCUAGUGGUGAUAGUGGUAUUGAAUCUUUAAUCAAUUUCGAGCAGACAACACACCGAUCUCUUGAGGAAUCUGCGACUACCACCACUGCACAAACAAGUUCAACAUUAUCAACAAAUUCAUUGUCAAAAAUAAGUCGUUCAAAUAAGCGUCAAUCACCUAUGCUUGGACUGAAAUCAAUCGGACAAACACCUAAGCGCCUUGCUGCAACAGCGGCAUCAUCCCUUACACAGGACAAUAAAUCUAAUUCUUCGGAUGGAUGUAGAAAAAAAUUCCUUCUUAUCUGCUCUCCACCGAAAAGUGUUCAUACCAAAAGUCAGAUGGAAUCAGAUUCUAGUCUGUGCUUAUCUGGAGGUAAUAAUUUGCCUGAGUCUGUCUUAUUAUCGACUAAUACAUCUACUUCAUCGAUUGAAUUAGAUACUCAUAAUCCUACUACUGGACAGUUAAUGACUCCUGCAUCUGAUGAUUGUAUGCCAACAUUGGUAGUUAAAGCUUCAGAACGUAAUGCUACUACCACUUCUACUUCUGCCACUACUACUUCUAUUACCACUAAUGAUAAUAAUAACAACAAUAACCCUUUGAAACAAACUAAUUUAUUACAUUUUACAGGAUCUAAUGUUUCAUCUAGUCGUGAGUCUUCAGAUAUUGCCGAUUCAGAUCCUAUUGGUUGUGAAGUAUUAAUUGGAAAAACAUUUGAAAGUGGAAGACGGAGUUUGAAAGAAGAGCCAGAUAUUCAUGAUAAUAAUGAUGCUGGCGGUGAUGAUGAUGAUGAUGAUGAUGAUGAUGACGCAAAGUUGACAACUGAUGCCAUCAGAGUUUUAACAGAAAACUUUGAUCAUAGAAUGAUUAAUUAUAACGAUUUCAGUAGUCUGAAAAUUGGUACUAUUGAAUGGUAUAUUAUCCAAAGAUGAAUGACUGAUUUGCAAAACAAAUAAAAUCUCUAAAUGUUUAUCAGCUUAGCCGUCGAUUGGCGAUCACUUUUAUCAGGCGUAAAGAAAGCUUGUUUUGGUGUGUUUGAGACAUGGUUUAAUUCUUCUGAAAAUAUGUAUUUCACUUAAAUUGAUCGCAUAUCAACAAGCCGAGAUACAAAGCAAUAGGAUCAAAGAUAAAGAAAUGGAAAAAGUUAAGAUAAUCACAAGUUAAAUAGAAGAUGUAGAACCUAGCAUACAGGUUCAUCGGCUCAACUUUCCACACUUCACAGUAGUACGCAAAGAACAGGUGGACGUAAAAAGAGUUAUAUCAAAAUAGGCGAAGUUUUGUGAAAGAAGAAACAAUCUGAGGAUAAUGCAUACUACAAGUAUUCAUGUCUUAGAAAAUGUCAAGAAGUGAAUACUUCUACGCCAUUGUGACCGAUUUUCAACCAUAUCCAAGCCAUCUCAGUCGACUAUGAUUCACAACCUCAUCAAUCGAUUUGCCUUUUUUUAUUAGUACCACUCACCUGACCUCAACAUUGUUCACACGGUGAUUACACCAAACGCGAGCAAAGCUACGAAGACACCAGGCUGAUGCAGCUCCCCAAGUGAAGUGGUCGAUAUUCCACCACUUCGCUCCUUAUCAUUGAGCUGGGAGUAGUUGUCGACCAGUUUUGGAGCAUCAUCUUACAUUUGACAGGUGCG